UGAAAAUCAGCGAGCAUCAGCCAUGGAAGGUUAAAUUACAUCACAUGGUAUGUCUUUUUGACUAGUCUAUACUGUCCACUUCCUUCACUUUCCAUAUCUAGCCGCAAUUCGCGCUGAUCCCAAAUUAGUUGAAAUCUUUAUAAGGAAACCCCAAAACGAAUAAACCUUUGUCAAGGAACAGAUCUCACAAACUUCUUCUCGCAGCAAGCCCUCAAAAUCCUACAAACGAUUAUUCUCUAUGUUUACUACAAAACCCAGUUCGAGAUUCACCUGGGUUACCCUCUCCCUUUUCCUGUUACUCACUUUCUGUAUCACUACUAUUGCCACUGAACCCACAAGCACUGAUAUUGGCAAUGAAGAUUCAGAGGAUGAUUUGCAAGAGUUGCUAGCAAUUGAUGAAGAAGAAGAGCUAAAACAACAAGGAGAAGUGUCCAAAGAGAGAUUAUCGGAGGCAGAAGUUUUGAGCAAGGCCCAAAGGAUUGUUUUUGAGCUAAACAGUGAUAGUGUUAAGAGGGUUAUUGAUGAGAAUGAGUUUGUGAUGGUUCUUGGGUAUACACCUUGGGAUGCAAGGAGUGCUGAGCUAAUGCCCCAGUUUGCAGAGGCUGCGAAUCAGCUUAAAGAACUGGGGAUUCCUCUUUUGAUGGCCAAAGUUGAUUGCGAAAGGUAUCCCAAGGUGGCAUCCAUGCUUAACAUCAAGGGCUUCCCUACUCUUCUCCUCUUUGUCAAUGGGACUUCUCAGGCGUACUCUGGUGGUGGAUUUACUGCGGAGGAUUUAGUGAUCUGGGCUAGGAAGAAAACUGGUGUCCCUGUCAUUAGAAUAAACUCGGUAACCGAGGCUGAAAGUUUUCUCAAGAAGCACCCUAUGUUUGUGGUUGGCCUGUUUAAGAAAUAUGAGGGGCCGGAUUACGAAGAAUAUGUCAAAUCAGCAGCUGCUGACAAUGAAAUCCAAUUCGUUGAAACAAGCGCUGGAAAUGUUGCCAAAGUUCUCUUCCCAGAAAUCAAAGAUACUAAACCUUUCCUUGGAAUUGUUAAAAGCGAGCCAGAGAGGUACACUAGCUAUGAAGGGUCAUUUGAAAAGGACAACAUUUUACAGUUUUUGGACCAUAACAAGUUUCCACUGGUUACCAAACUUAAUGAGAUGAAUUAUGCCAGAAUUUACUCCAGCCCUGUCAAACUUCAGGUUUUUGUCUUUGCAGAGGCUGAUGAAUUAAAGAAGCUUUUUGAACCUUUUCUAGAUGUUGCUAGAAAAUUUAAAUCAAAGAUAAUGUUUAUGUACAUUGACAUUCAAGAUGAGAAUCUUGCAAAACCCUUCUUAACUUUGUUUGGGCUUGAAGAAACGGAGGAUACUGUGGUGACUGCUUUUGAUAACAAAAUGAGCUCGAAGUUUCUGUUAGAGUCGGAUCCAACACCAAACAACAUAGAAGAAUUCUGUUCAGGACUGCUGCGUGGUACUCUGUCCCCUUUCUUUAAAUCACAGCCAAUACCAGAUAAUAAAGAGGCAAGUGUCCAGAUUGUUGUGGGAAAGACAUUUGACAACUUGGUUUUGGACAGUCCAAUGGAUGUUCUUCUGGAGGUACACACCCCGUGGUGUAUAAACUGCGAAACCACAAGCAAGCAAAUUGAGAAGUUGGCGAAGCACUUUAAAGGUUUGGAUACCCUGAUGUUUGCAAGGAUAGAUGCUUCAGCAAAUGAACAUCCAAAACUGCAGGUAGAUAACUACCCAACACUUCUAUACUACCCAGCUAGUGAUAAAGAAAAUCCGAUCAAACUUUCAACAAAGACCAGUUCAAAGGACUUGGCUGCCUUCAUCAACAAGCAAUUGAAAGCCAAAGAUCAAGGAACCAAAGAUGAAUUGUAGAAACUAGAGUGUUAUUCUAUAAUGAGACAAUUAACUUUGAAAAGGAGAGGAAAUUAAACAAAAACAAGUGGAGGAUGCUGAAUUAGUACGUGUGCGGUGUGCCAAAGCACGGAAGAAAUAUUUGUCCUGAAAGUAGAGUUCUGGGCGAGGGUUGCUGCAUUAUAAUUACCAGGAGGGAUUUCCCACACCAUAUAUGAACAGCUUAGAUUUACCUAUAGCCUGAACUAUUGAAAGUUUGAAAGCAUUUCAUUCCAUGAAAAGAAGGAAGAAAUGAAAGCGGCUACUUUGGCAAAGAGAACAUUAUUUUUAUAUGGAAUUGUUCUGCAGGUGUUUUGCUAA